GAACAUUAGACAAACCUUCCCUCUCAGUGCAGCCCCAGGAUGCCGUGAUUUCUCGAGGGACCAACAUAACGCUCCAGUGCCAGGGGUCCCGCCCCAACGUGAGGUUUGCCCUGCUGAAAAAAGGCUCGGAUCAGCCUGUGCAGGUGCUGAGCCCAGCAGGGUCCCGAGCUGACUUUGUCCUCUCUGACGCCAUGGCUUACGACUCGGGCAAUUACAGCUGCCUUUACUUUGAGACAGUCGCCCCCUUUGCCGGGUCCCCAGCGAGCGAGGACGUGGAGGUUCAAAUUGAUGGCCUCCUCCCCAAGCCCUCACUGCGCCCCUUGAGCCUCGUGGUGACUCCCGGGAAGGACGCGGUCCUGCGCUGCUCGGGACGGGUCCCCGAUUCCAAUUUCCAGCUCUUCAGAGACGGAGAAAGCACAGAGCUGGACGUGACCAGGCAGCGUGUCAGCGACCAUGCCGUGGACUUCCUGCUGACCAAUGCCAAGCCCCAGGACGGGGGCCGUUACAGGUGCCGCUACCUCACCUGGAAGAAACCCGUCUUGACUUCAGAGAUCAGUGACCCCACAGAGAUUUUGGUGACAGGAAAAAUCCUAUAAACACUCGAGCCACAUGGACUAGUGAAAUAUUGUCGCUGGCUUAUCACUGCAACCUGAGGCCCCAAGAGAACACAGCCUCUGAAGUAGAAUGCCAGAAAUAAGAGCUUCGUCACACCCACAGAAAUCAACCUUGGGCUGUGAAAAUAAAGAAAUUUGCGGUUUA